GUUUCAAAUAAUUAAAAUAUUUUUAGCAUAUGUUGAUUCAUCUAUCCCGUAUUUAAACAAUUUGGCUAUAGAUGGGCAACAAAUCUACUCAAUUGUUACAGGAGGAAGAAAUUGAAGAUAUUAGGAAGGAAACUGGAUUUUCUCGUAACCAAAUCGUGCGUUUAUAUAGCCGUUUUACUAAUUUAGACAAAUCUGGAAGUGGAGCUCUUGAGCGAGAAGAGUUUUUGAAGAUUCCAGAACUAGCUAUUAAUCCACUAGUCGAAAGAAUAAUUCACGCUUUUCUUCACGAAGGAGACGGAGAACACGUUAAUUUUAGGCAAUUUAUAAGAGUUUUGGCUCGUUUCAGGCCCAUAUCCAAGAACAAACCUAACCCUUACAAUAAUAAGGAGGAAAAAAUUAGAUUCGCUUUUAACUUGUACGACUUAGAUAGGGACGACAAAAUAUCGAAAGAAGAACUCAUAGCCAUCCUUCAAAUGAUGGUAGGCGAAAAUAUUACCCCAGAACAAAUCAGUAGCAUAGCUAAUAGGACGUUAGCGGAAGUGGAUACCGAUCAUAAUAAUUACAUAACUUAUCAAGAAUUUAGUGAAGCGCUCGAAAAAAUUGACGUUGAACAAAAGAUGAGUAUACGUUUUUUGGGAUAAACUUAGUCAAUUAAAUGCGUGCGAUGAUAUGUAAUAAUCGGAAAAAUUACAUAUUCAUUAUUUUUAUAAUAUGAACGAAUAUUAUGUAUUAUUAAUUGUAUAUCUUUAAGUUCAUAUUUAUACCUGUAUUAAAAGGAUU